UUAAACAAACACAGUGGCGAAGAUGGCGGAGAGUUCACAGUGGAAAUAAAGAAACUGGUGUGCGGGAAGGAUUACAAUUAUAGUAGAUACACGAUUUAAAGGACAAUGCAGUAAAUCAAUAAGAAUAAUACAGAGUACUAAUACGCAUAAGCAUAUUUUGAGCCUGGAUCAGACGAUCUCUGAAGUAACACCAACUGACUUUUAUAGAUAUAACUUGUUUUUAAAACCACUAUAUUGUGAAUUUGCCUUUCACCCUGGACAAUAGCUCCUCUACAUAAGAGUCGAAUACUAAGUUAGUUGCUGAUAUGUGCACAAAAUGAGUGGUUUGGGAGAGAACUCCUUGGACCCCUUGAAUUCCAGUCGCAAACGCAAGCUGUCCUCCUGUGAAACACAGAGUUUAAGCUGUGAGAAGCGUCGGCGAGAACAGGAAAGCAAGUAUAUUGAGGAGUUGGCCGAAUUAAUCUCAGCCAAUCUCAGUGAUAUUGAUAAUUUCAAUGUUAAACCUGACAAGUGUGCAAUUUUGAAAGAGACAGUUCGGCAAAUUCGACAAAUAAAAGAGCAAGGCAAGACUGCAUCAAAUGAUGAUGAUGUACAGAAAGCUGAUGUGUCAUCGACUGGUCAGGGAGUCAUUGACAAGGACUCCUUGGGUCCUUUACUCCUACAGGCAUUAGAUGGAUUUCUUUUUGUAGUGAACUGUGAUGGGACAAUUGUCUUUGUGUCAGACAAUGUGACUCAUUAUUUGCAGUACAAACAGGAAGAGCUCAUCAAUACUAGUGUGUACAACAUUCUUCACAUAGAUGACAGAGAGGAAUUCCAUAAAAAUCUCCCAAAGUCAUGUGUAAACGGAUUGUCUUGGGGCAACGAAACUCCCAGGCAGAAGAGUCAUACUUUCAAUUGCCGAAUACUUGUGAAAUUGGGUCAUAAUUCUUCUGAUGAUGGAAAUGGCAACCCUCGAUAUGAAACAAUGCAGUGUUUUGCCUUGUCACAACCAAAAGGCAUGAUGGAGGAAGGCGAAGAUCUGCAGUCCUGCAUGAUAUGUGUGGCCAGAAGAGUUACAUCUGUGGAGAGGACUGAAAGUUUCAUUACACGCCAUGACAUGUCGGGAAAACUCAUUCAAAUAGAUACCAACUCUCUGCGUGCCUCAAUGAAACCUGGCUGUGAGGACUUACUUAGAAGAUGUAUCCAGAUGUUCAUCCAUCACAGUGAGGGCCAGCCUUGGUCUCACAAACGACAUUACCAUGACGCUUUUCAUCAUGGUCAUGCAGAGACACCACUGUAUCGAUUCUCUUUGUCAGAUGGGACACUAGUGACAGCACAAACCAAAAGCAAGUUGUAUCGGAGCCACAUGAAUAAUGAACAUCAGUGUUUUAUAUCUACACAUUUUCUUCAAAGGGAGCAGAAUGUAUAUCGACCUAAUCAGAGUCCUAUGAUGCCUAAUAUAAGGCCACAGUCAAUGGGAAAUGCUAACCCUGUGGGAUCAAUGAAUAUGUCCAAUUCUGCUCAAAGUAUGAACAUAGGAAGAGGUUAUGGUAUGAAUGAACCCUGUUCAAUGAGCUCCAGAUACGGUGUGGCCGGUGGAAUGAUGUCGGUGAGUCAGAUGAAUCACCCAGUUCCCAGCAUGCAGCAACAGGCAUCACCCUAUCAAGCAACAAGCUAUGGUUUGGGGAUGAGUAGUCCUACUCAUGGUAGCCCAGGAAUGUGCACAUCCCAACAGAAUUUGAUAGCCUCGCCCAGAAAUCGUGGAAGCCCAAAAAUGGGAGGACAGUUCUCUCCAGUAGGCAUGCACUCUCCAAUGGGUUCUGGUGGUAGCAGUUGUCCUACUGGAGGCAGCAAUUUCUCCAGUAGUUCCCUUAAUGCUUUACAAGCUAUUAGUGAAGGUGUUGGAAAUCCUUUACCAUCAGCUCUUUCUUCACCAAGUCAGAAGCCAGAGAGCUCUACUGGUAUCAACCCAAUACAGCAGGCAUGCAAGCCAGGUCACAUGGAUUCCAAAAGCCCUGCAGUGAUUUAUGGUAGUGGUGGAGAUCCAUCUCAUCAUCACCUUCCACCUCAGACUCAGUCCCACCAUCAUCCUCAUUCUCACCAUGGUCUUCCUCCAGAGGCCAAUACUGAUCGCCCAGAUAGCCAGGCUGCUCACCACUGCAGCAAAGAUAUUGGUGAUGUAGGAAGUGGCACCACUGCAGAAUCACAGCGGAGAAUGCCAGAUAGUAAAGGACACAAGAAAUUGCUUCAGUUGCUAACAUCACCCUCGGAUGAAAUGAACAUUGCCACUGGUGGGGGAAUGUCUGCUGGCAGUACGACUCCAAAUGCUCUUGAUUCAAUUCCCAAGGACACUAUAACUUGUGUAACCAGCCCAUCAACGGGGGUCUCUUCUUCUUCAUCUGUUCAGCCACAAGGAUGUGUUACUUCAACUUCUCAUGGCUCUCAUCAUUCAGCCUCCCUACAAGAGAAGCACAAAAUCCUCCAUAAACUUCUUCAGAAUGGUAACUCUCCUGAUGAAGUGGCUAAAAUCACACUUGAAGCAACAGGCAAAGAUGUGGUAGGUCAGGAUGGUGGACCUGAACUUGGAGCACCUACUAGUGGGGUCGACAUUAAACAAGAGCAGCAGAGUCCUAAGAAGGAGAAGAACCAUGCAUUACUGCGUUACUUGCUGGACAAAGAUGACUCAAAGGAUACUAAGCCUAAGCUUGAAGAUCUAGAUGGGAAGACCCCACAGGGGCCAUGUAGCAGUUCUGGCAUAUUGUCUUCAACUCCUGAAAAUAAUGAGCACAAGAUUAAAACGGAGCCCUCUGAAGAGCUGAGUCCAGACAUGAACACAUUGGAAACUAUCCUUGGCGGUUUCAGCGGUUCUGGCUUAUUCCCAGAAGCAGUGAGUAGUGUCAGUAGUGGCAUUGAUGGGAUGAAUAAACCUGUGCCCUGCUCUGAUGAUGGGGAUGCAGGAUUGCGUAGCCCUGGCUCAGUCCCUGGUUUGCGAGCACCCUUUCAGAGAGCUGUGUCUUUGGAUGGAAAACAGAUGAUGGGAGCAGAUUCUCCAGGGAAGUUUAGUGCACCGUGCUCCAUGAUGGUGAAACAGGAAACUAUAGAAAGUACACGCAUGAUGGGGAACCAGGAGAGCUUAUCUUGUACCAUGGGAAUGGCAAGUAGAGUAAUUGGUGCUUCACAACAGUCUCCAAUGGGAAACUCUACCGAAUGGGGCAUAUCUCGAUCAAACACAAGCCCAGUGGGUUCUGUUGGACCAACAUCCAUGAUUCGUUCAGGGAUGGACUUUGGUUCCACUAUGCCAAAGGGUGUGAUAGGCAGUGCUGUACUUAACAGGUCUAAUAGCUUGCCAGGAGGCAGGUCAAUGCUUCAGCAGCAGUUAAUGGACAUGGCAGCCAGUGAAAUGAACAUGGGACCAAGUCCUUACAGCCAGCAAGGCCCAGCUAGCCAAUCUCCAUCUUGGCCUGAGAAUAUGAUUCCAAUAGAAGUGGGCCCCCAAAAUGUGCAAAAUCGUCGACAUUUUUCAAGCCCACUGGAUGAUCUUCUAGUAACACCUGCAACUGCUGAAGGUUCAAGUGAUGAGCGUGCUCUUUUGGAUCAGUUAGACUCUCUGCUUAAUGCUGAUGUUGUGGCCCUGGAGGAAAUUGAUCGAGCUUUAGGCAUCCCUGAUCUGGUGAGCCAGGGUCAAGGAGUGGAUCAUCCAACAGAACCAUUCCCUGGACAGGAUCCUGCAAUGAUCAUGGAUCAGAAGCCGCCAAUGUAUAGCCAAGGUUUUGCUGGUCCUCCUAGUAUGGCCAUACAAGCUUCAUACAGCGGCGGAAUGCAAGGUCAGCCAGCAGGGUUCAACUCGAUGAUGAACCAGAUGGGUCAGCAAGGGAACUUUCCCAUGUCUGGCAUCCAUCCUCGACCUGGUAUGAUGAGACCAAGGAUGAUGAAUGCCCCAAAGCAGCUACGUCUCCAAUUACAGCAAAGGCUUCAGGGCCAACAGUUCAUGAACCAAAGCCGUCAAAGUCUAGCAAUGAAGAUGGAAAACCCUGCUGUAGGAAACCCCGUGCUUCGACCAGGAAUGCAGCCUUCAAUGGCUGGACAGCAGGGAUUCUUGAAUGCACAAAUGAUGGCACAGAGAAACAGAGAGAUGCUGAACCACCAGCUACGACGUCAGCGGAUGAUGAUGAUCAUGCAGCAGCAACAGCAAGUGGCUGGUGGUUUUAGUCCACCUCCCAAUGUUACUGCUCCAACCAAUAUGGACACCCCUAUGCCAGGCCCUCCAAUAGGGCAGCCACCCCCAGGACAAUUCUCAUACCCUGCCAAUUAUGGUAUGAAUCAGCAAGGAGAACCUUCAUUUGUCCAAGGUAGCACAAGUCCUCCAAACCCAAUGAUAUCUGCGCGCUUAGGAGCUCCUCAGAACCCCAUAAUGGCACAACAUCCUCAGAAUGCACCCAUGUACCAGACAGCAGAAAUGAAAGGUUGGCCUCAGGGUUCAAUGGGCAGAAACAGUUCAUACCCACAACCUCAGUUUGCACAGCAGGGAGGUGCUAGCAACUACAAUAACAUGGUCUUGAAUGGUUCUAUGCCUGUGAACGGGACUGGUGGACAUAUGGGACAAAUGCCAGCACAGAUGAACAUGAGCUCCAUAUCAAUGGGAGGCAUGCCUAUGGCCCCUGAGCAGAAGUUCUGCUGACAUCAUGUGUUGGAAACGGAAAUGUGAUUCACCUUGAAUGUUCGAGAAAUAUGUUGAGUUUUCGGCAGCUCAUAAUGCCCAUUGCAGUGGCACUCGGGAUACUGCCUGAGCACCUCAUAAUGAUGUCCAGUUGGGACAUGUGAGCCACAGUGUCGGUGAGGGGAAUACUUUGGAUUUCCAGAGGUGCUAAUGAACUUGGUUUGAUUGAAUCGUUUGCUGGACAACAUAUGGAAUUUAAGGACCCUCUGGCUUGUGGGUAUAUUGGUUUAAUAUGAAUGUGCGUUGUCAGGCAACUCCAAUAAGAAAUAAUUUCCUUUUGAAGAGUUCUCUGAUGUGUUAGUAUUUCAGAGAUUGAUUAUUCUUCAAAAUACUUCAGAAAAUGCAAGCCAGAAUUAUUUGGAAUGACAUUAGUUGUAUGUGGUAAUGAGUAAGUAGAUCUAGAUUCAUACAGUACCUUGCUUUUCUGGGGAAACACUGCUUUGUGACCUUGAGUUUUAGGGUACUUGGGAUAGGCAAAAAAUGCAAUGUGGGUGUCAUGUAUUGCACUUUAAAAAGAGAAAGAGGCUAUCACCAAGAUAUUUCUGCAAUAUUAUUUCGUCAUUUUAGCCUUAUUUAAAGAAUGUUCCCUGGGCCAAUGGAAAAGCGGCUCUUUGCAAAAUAAAAAAAAAGAAAAAGGCCCAUAGGAAGUCAAAGGUAUUGAAAACAACAGCAGCAGCGCUUGAGCAUUGUUGGUCGAUUUCUAGCAAUAAGUUGUAUAUGGUUUCUCUUUGUGGGGCUGUACGCGAGUCGGAUAUGAACAAGGAACACCACAGCCCAAGGCAAUGUCUGCCCCUUCUUCUUGGCGUUAGAGUGCAGUCUCUGGGGCAUAACCAGCUCCCAGCAAAGGUACCACAGUAUUAUUGUAGAGCUUUUCUUCUUUUCGUUUUCUUUUUUUUUCUUUUUAACUAUUUUGUGAAUAUCUGUUGUAAAUACACUCAAAAUGUAUUAUAUCUGCUUUUCUAGGUCACAUUCAACAUGUUUUGCACAGACUGUAAGGCUUGCUCUGCUUUUUUAUUAUCAAAUGCUGCUGCUUUAUCUGUUUUUUUUAUAUUCAUGUCUUGUAUUUUUAAUUUUUUUAAAACAAAGAUUCAAAGACAAACAUCAAUUUAAGCACUUUUAAUUCCCUGGUGUAAAGUAAAAUUCAUCUAUUUAUUUUCCUUUUAAGUAUAGUUGGGAGUAGGUAGGAUCUGAAGGAACACCUCUUUGUGGCAGAAAUACAUACAUAUAUACACACAAAUAUUUAUAUAUAUAUAUAUAUAUAUAUAUAUAAAUAUAUAUAUAUAAAUAUAUAUAAAUAAUAGUAAAUUACUCAGAUUUUGCUUUUAAUGAAAAUUUUAAAAGCAGCCACGUUUAUUGGAUCUUCAGAGCUUUCUUGCAUCUUUUCCACGAUUGCUUCUGUGUUUUCCGUUUAAUGUUGAACACAGCAAUUUUUGUAAACCAUUUCCAUGAAAAGCAAUAUUUUAGUGUUGUUUGCUGUAAAAUGACAACACACCUUUACGUCACUUUGGAUUUUUUUAUUAUAUAGUAGCUUUUUUCUAUUAGUUUUUUUUUUCUCCCUAAACUCCAAGUGUAUGAUUCACUAUUUUAUUAUAUACUGACAUUUUCUAAUUUUGUAAGCAUAAUUGUCAUCUGCUGUAACAGUAAAUUCUCCCAGCCUUGUUAAAGUUUUUAAAAAAAUAAAAUGCUUCCUCUCAUAAUACUGGUAAUGUGGAGUUCCCUUCCAGUCUGUGUUGAUGGACAAAUAAUGACCACACACUGGAAGUAGUCUUCCUAUUUGUAUUUUUCCCCUUUGACGCCACUUAAAAUCUAAUGGCAAUGGUAAAGGGUUGACUUGUUUAAAGGCUUCCUGUGGCAUUUACUGGCCACUGUGUGAAGCAUCAAGGGAGCACUGGUAAAUACAACAGAAUUUGUUUUUAAUUUUGUAGUGCAUUCUUUAAUUUAGAUGCUUGGGUACUUGCAUAUGUGUAAAGAGGAAUGUUGUCUUGUCUUUUUUUUUUUUUUUUUUUUUUUGUAAAUUAUGUUCUUUUUUUGUGACUUAAAUAAUGUUGUUUUACUGUACCUGCAUUGUCAUUAAUCUGAGCAAUCCAAAGAUUUACAUUUUGUCUUUCACUUUAUUUUUAUGAUUAAAUUUCAAGGUAAAUACUGUUAAAUUGUUUAUAAGAGGCUGGCGUAAAGGACCUAUCAACACAGCUGCUGAAUCUGCUAUUUGCAAAGUAAAAGCCUGGAGUUUGGACAAAAUAUUUUCUUCCACCAUUAUAAAAACAGAGUAAUUUUUGCUUUUGUCAUUGUACACAAUUUAGUGCGUCAUGGUUUUAAAAAUAUCCUGAGUUGCUGUGGGUUUAAAUACUUAUAGAUUAUCAUUAUCAUUGAGUCAAAGGCAGAGCACAGGGCCAGCAUCUGUUAGUUCAGUGCCUUCUAAGUUGUGGUGCCCUUGUGCUGUGGUGCACGAUUAUGAAAUUUACUGAUGCCUUAAUUGGCUGCUGAGAAGAAGCACGUAAGAUGUAAGCAUGUAGACAUAUGCAGUGCUCUGGGUCUCCACUGAGACGAGUGAAGCAAUGACUUGUAGUAUUGCUGGCUACAACGUAUCACCUGUCUUUUAAUUAUUGUUAGUUUAACAGACCUUUUUUGUGGAUACUUCAAUUCAAAGCUUCCAAUGGUGCCCUCCUCACCAUCUUUCAUCAUAUAAAACUUCAUGCUGGUGGUGGUCAGUUUGUUUCUGUAAAGUUCUGGAAUCACUAGGUCUGCCCACAGUAGAGCUAACUAGCAGUGACACUCCAACAAGUUGCUCAUAUUUAAAAAGAAAAAAUCUUGUCAAUCUACAGGGUUUCUUUUUUUUAACCAAACAAAAUCAAAGGAAGAGCUGUCAUGAUUACAAGAUGUAAAUUACUGUUGGAUUUUCUUACAGUUUGUUGAUGUUAAUAUAAAUGUAAAUACAAAUUUUUAUUUAAAUA